AUGCCGCCGAAGAGGAAACGGCGAGCGCCCCCCGCCAAGUCGCAGAGGCAGACGGAGCCGGACCCGCAGGUGCCUCCUGGCGCCGACGCGCCGCUGGAGGAGCGGCUGAUCUGGGUCAGCCAACAAGAAAGCGAGCGUCGGAUUACUGCCAUCAAAGCGACACAAGAUGCAGAGGCUGGGAACAUACCUUACCAGUUGCAAUUGGUACGGUCAUAUUGUUCCAAGGAGCAAUUGGAGGGAAAUGCUAUGCAAUAUUUUCAGGAGAACUUGCCUGAUCUUUCGGUUGUUCCGAAUGAGGAGUAUGAUGUGCUUGAGCUGAAAUGGAAUAACGGCGACGAAUGGAUGAUUGGAGACUUUGCAGAUGACAGGACUCUGCGAGCUUCGAUUGCAUCAUUCGCAACUGCUGAUGGACUUCAGUUUCCAAAGGAUUCAGUUGGGGAAGACUUCUAUAGGCGCACUAGCAAUUUCAGUGAUUUUGCUUGGAGUGAACAGCCUGAAGGCCAAAUGGCAGGAGCAGCAGAAGCUUUUCAGACACCUGGGAAUCUGGUAAUGGAAAUGAAGAUGCUCCCUGCUAACUCACUAGAUAUCACCAGAUGUUGCCAGCCUUUGACAAUAACUGUAAGCGUUUCUAGAGCCUAUGUGAGGUUCAUAGACUGA